GCAGCAUUAACGCUUCCCGCCUCAGUUGACUUCUCAGGGGUCUCCCCACCAAAGGUGCCGCGCCGCCGAGGAACAUGGCGAAGGUGGAGCAGGUCCUGAGCCUCGAGCCACAGCACGAGCUCAAAUUCCGAGGGGAGCAACUUAAAAAAUUAUCAUAGAGUGAUGAUGAUGAAAACACGAUUGGCACAAAUAAACAUUAUUAAUCCUUUCAGCCUGUGUGUGAGCAGCACUCAUUCAGCAUGACUGAACCCCUUCAUCUGUCUGUGAGCAGCACCGUUCAGCAUGACUGAACCCCUUCAUCUGUGUGUGAGCGGCACCCAUUCAGCAUGACUGAACCCCUUCAUCUGUGUGUGAGCAGCACCCAUUCAGCAUGACUGAACCCCUUCACCUGUGUGUGAGCAGCACCCAUUCAGCAUGACUGAACCCCUUCAUCUGUCUGUGAGCAGCACCCAUUCAGCAUGACCGAACCCCUUCACCUGUGUGUGAGCAGUACCCAUUCAGCAUGACCGAACCCCUUCACCUGUGUGUGAGCAGCACCCAUUCAGCAUGACUGAACCCCUUCAUCUGUCUGUGAGCAGCACCCAUUCAGCAUGACUGAACCCCUUCAUCUGUCUGUGAGCAGCACCCAUUCAGCAUGACUGAACCCCUUCACCUGUGUGUGAGCAGCACCCAUUCAGCAUGACCGAACCCCUUCACCUGUGUAUGAACAGCACCGUUGAGCAUGACUGAACCCCUUCAUCUGUGUGAGCAGCACCCAUUCAGCAUGACUAAACCCCUUCACCUGUGUGUGAGCAGCACCCAUUCAGCAUGACUUCAGUUCCUGGGUAUGGAGAAGGUCCCUUCACCGAUGUUGUCACCACCAACCUAAAGCUUGGCAACCCGACAGACCGAAAUGUGUGUUUUAAAGUGAAGACCACGGCUCCACGUAGGUACUGCGUGAGGCCCAACAGUGGGAUCAUUGAUGCGGGAGCAUCCAUUAAUGUAUCUGUGAUGUUGCAGCCUUUCGAUUAUGAUCCCAAUGAGAAAAGUAAACACAAGUUUAUGGUACAGUCUAUGUUUGCACCAACUGACACCUCUGAUAUGGAAGCAGUAUGGAAGGAGGCAAAACCAGAAGACCUUAUGGAUUCAAAACUUAGAUGUGUGUUUGAAUUGCCAGCAGAAAAUGAUAAACCACAUGAUGUAGAAAUAAAUAAAAUUAUACCCACAACUGCAUCAAAGACAGAAACACCAGCAGUGUCUACACCUCUGAGUUCUUCUUUGGACGACACUGAAGUUAAGAAGGUGAUGGAGGAGUGUAAGCGGCUGCAAGGUGAAGUUCAGAGGCUCCGGGAGGAGAACAAACACUUCAAGGAAGAAGACGGCCUCCGGAUGAGGAAGACCGCACAGAGCAACAGCCCCGUGGCUGUGCUUGCUACAGCCGCGAGGGAGGAGGGCCUUAGCACCCGGCUCCUGGCGCUGGUGGUCCUGUUCUUUAUCGUGGGCGUCAUUAUUGGGAAAAUUGCCUUGUAGAGGCCGCGUGCGAGGAUGGUCAGUUGGAUGGAUGGAUCUGCCAUCUCAUGGGAUUUAAAUUUAUCAUAACCAUGCAUAAAAAAAAAAUUAAUGUAUGAUGACAUCUCACAGGCCUUGCCUUUAAUUACCCUCCCUGUGCGCAAGCACACAUACACAUACACACACACACACACACAGAUAUAAUAUAACAAGCUUUUAGAAAGUUUAAAAUGUAUAGUAAAUGAUCGGGGGGAAAGAACGAUCUUUAUUAAAUGACGAGGGAAACCGUGAUUCGUACCACAAUGGCAUAUUGUCAGUGUCAUGUUAAAUGUUUGUAGGCCUUGGUACGUGUGGCUGGGUUACCUCUCUUCAGAUAAGGCACUCUUCCUUGCUGGUCAGUGCUGGCCUGGGGGCGGCAGGAGCCCGCAGUGGGGAGUGCGGUCACCUCCAUCAGUAGCCCACCACGCUGCUCACUCACUCCUGAGGCUUCUCACCCACGGCUCCAGUUCUUGUCCAGGUCCCCCGUCUCGUAAGACUGACACGCAGAGUUGGAAGCCCAGAAGAAUUGCGCGGUGGUGCAGCAGAUGUGCUCAUCCCAGAUGGGAGGCGUGUGUUGACUGACUGACCCAGCACUUUGGAAAUCAAAGUCAAUGCGUUGUUCUCUUUAAGGGACCAAGCUAAAUCACUAUUGGUUCAUGUCGUGAAAUGGAACUGUUAUCCAGAGAUGUUUAAUGCAUAUUUAACUUAUUUAAGGUAUUUCAUCUCAUGUUUUCUUAAUUGUCACGAGAUUAUAACAAAUGCUGUGGCCUAAAUGUCACCUGUGCCACCUAACGAUGGUGGGUUCAGCUGGCACCGCAGUGGAGCUGUGGCUCCUCCCCACUGAGGUUUCUGGGCACUGCGCGUCCAUGGAGGCGGGAUGUACUCGGGUGUUGGAAAACAGCUGUCAGGAACCUGUGUCUUUCCGUGUAAAUAGAUAACAGCUAUCACGGGAGGGAUGGCCUGAGUGGCGACAGUCAACUCUACAUCACCCUUUACUGGAGACGAGCAGCUGAUCUUCCACCACCCCUCACCAGCCACCCUUGCUUCCAGCACACACACCCCAGGUCUGGCCUGACUGACCUCAGGGUGGCCCCAGCUUGGAAUCACAAAGAGGGACUCAGGCUGCAGAGGGUGUGGAGAGAGGGGGAGCCAGCCUGUGGGGCGGGAGGGGCCAUAGGAAAGGCUCUUCAGAUAAUCCAUCAAGUCGCAAGGAGAGUUUGACUGUGAAUUAAGUUUAUGCUGUAGAAGACCAGUCCAAUCCUGUUUGACUAUGUAGCAUCUUAAAAAGAAAAAAUAUUAAAAUAAAGCCCCGAAACUAAGAA